GUGCGAACUGGCAGAGAGAAGCUCUUUUUUUUUUUUCUCCAACCCUUCAAGUCGACGGGACUGGAUGCAACCCACGUCUCACAUCGUCACGGCCAGCGACUAGGCGGACUCGCAUGCAGCAUACACACUGCUUCUUUAUCCAUUGACAUCUUGAGGCGCCCUAGGCCUCCUCGCGGCCAUCUGCUUGUUCCCCCAUUGGCCCCUCCUCCAACCGAACUGACUGGCCGUGCUCGGCGAAGUCAAGAUGGCGCCGACCGCGACGAGCGUACAAUGGGACCACGAAUAUAAUACUCUCCGCCGCGAAAAUCUGUUCAGAAACCCUCCAAAGGACCAUACAGCAUACCCGGCCCUGCAAAAUGCUGUCAACCCGCACAUCGAGUCCUUCAAUGCUCUUUUCAGAGACGAUGGACGGCCCGGUCUUAUAGACCAUGCGAUCGCCGACAUUGGCACCAGGCUCUACUUCGACGGCGAUGCGAAGAUCCCCCUUUCCCAGAGGAAUCGGCUUACCGUGCGGUACAAGAGCGUCAAUCUGCAAAAGUCGUAUGUCCCUGUGACAAACAAGCUGGCCAAGACUCGCGAGAUCUUCCCCGCCGAGUGCAGGGAGCGCCAUGCUACAUACAGAGGAAAGCUCUCUGCCACGUUCGAGUUCCAGAUCAACGAUGAAGAGCCUCAGGAGUUCGUGCGCGAGAUCGGCCAGAUGCCUAUCAUGGUCAAGUCAAAUAGAUGUCAUCUUGAAGAGAACUCUCCAGCCCAGCUUGUGGAACGCAAGGAGGAGAGUGAGGAACUCGGUGGUUACUUCAUCGUCAACGGCAACGAGAAGAUCAUCCGGCUGCUCCUGCUCAACCGGAGAAACUUCCCCCUGGCCAUCAACCGCCCCAGCUUCCAGAACCGAGGGCCCUCAUAUACGCCGUACGGCAUCAUAAUGCGAUGCGUGCGGCCAGACGAGACCUCGCAGACCAAUGUCCUCCAUUACCUCAAUGACGGCAACGUUACCUUCAGGUUCUCGUGGAGGAAAAACGAGUACCUUGUGCCUGUCAUGAUGAUCCUCAAGGCGCUCGUCGAGACCAACGACCGAGAGAUUUUUGAAGGGCUUUGUGGCCCGCCUGGUUCCAAGGGCGUGGAGAACUCGUUCCUGACAGAUCGCGUGGAGUUGCUGCUGCGAACAUACAAGGCAUAUGGUUUGUACAGCAAGUCUAAGACGCGGGCGUAUCUGGGAGAGAAGUUCCGGGUCGUUCUGGGCGUCCCGGAAACCAUGUCCCACUACGAAGUCGGCACCGAGUUCCUCCGCAAGAUCGUGUUGGUACACAUCGGGAGCGUUGCCGUCACGGAGCAACAGGACUCGGACAAGUUCCGCAUGCUGCUCGUCAUGAUGAGGAAGCUGUACGCUCUGGUCGCUGGCGAGUGCGCUGUCGACAACCCGGACGCGAUCCAGAACCAGGAGAUCCUCCUCGGCGGAUUCCUGUACGGCAUGAUCUUGAGGGAGCGCUUGGAGGAGCUGCUUAACACCCACCUUCGCCUCGUUCUCCGCGACUUUCAUAGGAGAUCUCCGGCCAACACAUUCACCUCGGCGGCGUUUGCCAAGGAAUUCCCCGCAAACAUAUUCAGAAGAACCAACGAGAAUAUCGGAAACAGCCUAGAGUACUUCCUUUCCACCGGAAACCUCCUGAGCCCGUCAGGUUUGGACUUGCAGCAGACCUCUGGAUUCGUCGUGGUCGCGGAGAAGCUCAACUUUUUACGUUUCAUCAGCCACUUCCGCAUGGUCCAUCGUGGCAGCUUCUUCGCGCAGCUCAAGACGACGACAGUCAGAAAACUGCUACCCGAGUCCUGGGGCUUUCUCUGCCCUGUCCACACCCCUGAUGGUUCACCCUGUGGCCUUCUGAACCACCUUGCCCAUACGUGCAAGAUCAUGACAGAUAGCGUCGACGUUUCGGCCAUCCCCAGGCUUGCAGCCGAGCUCGGUGUCGUCAAUACAUCGUCGGCUGCGACUGAGGAGAGCGUGGUCGUGAUGCUGGACGGCAAGAUCCUGGGAUGGUGCAGCCCUGGACAGUCGCGCAGAAUCGCCGACACUCUGCGCUACUGGAAGGUUGAGAAAUCACAUGGGGUGCCAGUCGAGCUGGAGAUCGGCCUGGUCCCCCCAUCAAAUGGCGGGACAUAUCCUGGAAUCUACAUGGCGUCGCAAGCCUCGAGAAUGGUCAGGCCCGUCAAGUAUCUGCCCCUGGAGAAAGAAGAUUUCGUGGGGACCCAGGAGCAGCCGUACAUGUCUAUCGCCUGCACAGAACCCGAGAUUGUCUCUGGGGAGUCGACUCAUGUCGAGUUCGAUCCGACCAACAUGCUCUCCAUCCUCGCCAACAUGACGCCGUUUUCCGACUUCAACCAGUCCCCUCGAAACAUGUACCAGUGCCAGAUGGGUAAGCAAACGAUGGGUACCCCUGGGGCUGCACUACGCCACCGAACCGACAACAAGAUGUAUCGCCUACAGACCGGCCAGACCCCUAUCGUGCGCGCGCCGUUGCACAACGAGUACGGAUUCGACAACUUCCCCAACGGGACAAACGCCGUAGUCGCUGUCAUCUCUUACACAGGAUACGACAUGGACGACGCCAUGAUUAUCAACAAGUCGGCCCAUGAACGUGGCUUCGGGCACGGAACCAUCUACAAGACCAAGAAGAUUACGCUCAAGGACGACUCCCGGACCCGCUCAGCAAAGAAUGUCACGAAGCUGUUCGGGUUCGCCCCAUCCGGCGCGGUCAAGGGAUGGCAGCGGGAGAUGCUGGACGAAGACGGCUUGCCCUGGAUCGGCCGCGAGGUCAAGGAAGGGGAUGUGAUUGCGGCGUGGCAUACGGUAUCGGCAGACUACAGCGACCAGCUCAUGAAUAGAGACGGCAUCACGCACUUUGAAAAGUACAAGGACUCGGAGACGGCCUACAUCGAGGAGGUGCGCCUGAUCGGCAACGAGAACGGAGUAGAGCCUCUACAGACCGUUUCCAUCAAGUUCAGGAUACCCCGGUCUCCUAUCAUUGGCGACAAGUUCUCCUCGCGACACGGGCAAAAGGGUGUGGCAUCGCAGAAGUGGCCAAUGAUUGAUAUGCCCUUUUCCGAGUCGGGCAUGCAACCAGAUGUUAUCAUCAACCCGCACGCCUUCCCGUCCCGAAUGACGAUUGGCAUGUUUGUCGAGUCGCUGGCGGGUAAGUCGGGGGCGCUGCACGGACUAGCGCAGGACUCGACACCCUUCAGGUUUGACGAGGAGGACACGGCGGCCGAGUACUUUGGACACCAGCUCAUGAAAGCCGGAUACAAUUUCCAUGGAAACGAACCCAUGUACUCGGGCAUCACGGGCCAGGAGUUGGCGGCGGAUAUCUACAUCGGAGUGGUCUACUACCAGCGGCUGAGGCACAUGGUGAACGACAAGUUCCAGGUGCGAACGACGGGUCCCGUCGUUCCGACGACUGGACAGCCCAUCAAGGGAAGGAAGCGAGGUGGUGGUAUCCGAGUGGGUGAGAUGGAGCGCGAUGCUCUCCUGGCACACGGAACGGCGUUCCUCCUGCAGGACCGGCUCCUCAACUGCUCCGACUACUCGAGGUCUUGGAUCUGCCGAAGCUGCGGGACAUUCCUGUCGGUGCAGCCGACGGUUUCACCGUUUGUUGGCAAGCGGAAGAUCAACACGGUGAGGUGUCGAGGCUGCGCAACACGUCUGGACAAACUGGACGACGACGUGGAUGUGGCAAAGCUGGACGGCGAGAUCUGGGAGGACGGACAGGGGAACCAGUGGAUCGGUGGCGACAACACGACUCUGGUCGUGGUGCCUGGCGCGCUCAAGUUCCUGGAUGUGGAACUGGCGGCCAUGGGCAUCAAGCUGAAGUACAGGGUGGACCCCAAAGACGCGCCGAGGAAGGGCCCAAUGAGGCGAGCCGGUGUGGACGGCUUCCAUGUCGGAGGCUCGGCCGUGGCGCUGCCUCCCUCAUAUUAAGGGCUCGGUGCAGCUCUCGGUCUCUCAAGUGUGGUUCUAGGAUUAUGUAACGUAUGUAACGCGAAGCGCAAAAUAAAGACGGGAUUACAUGAUUGCCGUUACUGCAAGUCGGGGCUUUGAAAGCGGAAUGGUGCUCCGCCUACGAGAGGGAGCAGGCCAACACGACCGAGGAUACCAACAUGACCAACCUUG